AUGCCGCUCUGGAAGGUGUCUUUUGGCAUCUGUAUUAUCUAUGCCAGUUUUGUUUGCAUUUACACCAAAGGACAUACCAACAAUCUCAGUCAGACUGAUGACCAAACACACGGGUACCCAAGGGAAUUUCUACAAGUGUUGUCUCUGAAUAACCACAGUGCAUUUUCUGAGAGUCAAACUAGAAACCUAAUUCAAAAGCUGUGGGAUCGAGUACAGUGCACAGAAAGGAUAGCUGGCAGCAAGGACCAAUGUGACAAGUGCCUUUCGCUAGAUGUUCUUUUCUCAAUAAUAGAAAGAGGUGACAAGGAACAUCGUCCACAGGAAGAUUCAUUUCACAGGAUUUCCGUUAUCCUUCUUUAUUAUAUUAUUUACAUGCAAGAUGUGUGCACAUUGGACACUCCUCAAAAAGAUAAGGACUUUGGAUUUUAUCUGAAUGCAAUUUUAAGAUUUAAAUCAGAUCAAGACUUAAAUCAUCUGUCACGUGAUGAACUUAGCAACCUUCUGGAAACCAUACAAGAACACUACACAGUUUCCUCUUGGAGUCAGUGUUUCAAUGCUGACUGGCUGGAGGAGCAAACUGGCAUAGUGAGUCCACCAGGUGCUGACGAAUCGACUCUUCCUCAAUUGGCUGGUGCAAUCAUCACUUCCAUUUUGCAAGGCCGCUGUAUUGGAAGUUCAGCUUUACCCAACCCAAGCUUUUUCACUGAUUUUAUUUUCAGAUCACUAAACAGUACAAAAGCUAUCAGGAUAGCAGAUUUAAAACAGCUCCUUCAUCAGCUUGGCCUGGGAAGAUAUUAUGCAUCGCCUUUACAUGACCAUGAAAAUCACAGAACCAGAGGAGCAGAGCACUUAGAAAGCUCCAGAGAACUACUUUUUGGAACAAAGCAAAACCAAUAUCAUCAUUGUGAUCCCUUAUCUGAUGAUAGCUUCACUUGGGCAAAGGUUUGCUUUUCUGCUGACCAGCUUGUCAGGAUCUUCUUUAAUGACAGUGAUUCUCCUAUUACAAAAGACCACUUUGAUGAGAUCAGCCCAGCUAUUAUUCAACAGUUGCUCAGUGGAGCUUGCCAACAUGGAGGCUGGAAACACACACAAUCCACCAUCUUACUAACUAAUAUUGAGAAGUAUGGAUACAGUACAGUGGCUGUCUUGAUAAUUACAGUGAGCUCCAUGUGUGGCAUCACCCUACUCAUUUUCAAUUCUUGCAAACAGACGUACCAGCUCAUUCUACAGCUCUUUGUGGGUAUAGCAGUUGGAACAAUGUCAGGUGAUGCAUUGUUACAUCUCUUGCCACAGGUCCUUGGUCUGCACACACAUGGACAAGAAAUCACCAGCCACUCUUCUGAAAGCAGAGGGUAUAUCUGGAAAAUGUUUACAGUACUUGGAGGAAUAUACGCAUUUUUCCUAAUUGAAAAAAUUUUCAAACUCAUCCUAACAUUUAGAGGUCAGACAUUUGGAAAUGAACAGUUGGCACAUUCACAUGAUGUUCCAAUGGAGUCUAACCCUGACAGGGAAUCAGACAGAGGCAAAUCUAUUUCCACUCUGCAACUGCAAAAUCCAGAAGAUUCAGAAAAUGUUGAAAAUCCUACAGAUCAUGCAAUAGAGAGUAAUUCUACAAAUGUCAGAAAGAAAGUAUUCAAUGUGUUGGCAGUUAUGAUUGUGGUGGGAGACAGCAUGCAUAACUUUGCAGAUGGCUUGGCCAUAGGUGCAGCCUUCUCAUCAUCGAUCGAGACUGGUAUCACCACUACUAUUGCCAUAUUAUUUCAUGAAAUUCCCCAUGAAAUGGGGGACUUUGCUGUACUUCUGAACUCGGGUUUAUCAGUAAGGAUGGCCAUUCUGAUGAACUUACUUAGUGCACUAACUGCUUUUAUUGGAGUCUACAUUGGCCUCUCUCUGUCAGCUGAUCUCAAUGUUCAGCAGUGGAUUUUCACAGUGACAGCAGGGAUGUUCCUUUACCUUUCAUUGGUAGAAAUGCUUCCUGAGAUGGCACAUGUAAAAACAACACAACCCUGGUUGAUGUUCACCUUUCAGAACGUUGGAUUGAUUCUAGGAUGGGCUUGUCUUCUUCUUCUUGGCCUAUUUGAACAUAGGUUUACCAUAUAAUUUUAUUUCA